CAAUUAAAUGAUUUUUACUUCUGGCGAUACUACAAGGAGGUAAAUUUUGUCAUCAGAGGUCGCUCCAAAUCAAUUUCAAAAGAAAUUGUUUAUUAGUAAAGCGUAUUUUUGUCUAAAUUAAGAUAUCGAUUAAUAUGGGUACUACAGAUUCUCACAAUGAUAGACUGAGUAUAAAAAACAUGAUUUUCACAAAAGCUUUACCAAAUUACACAAUCCCAGUACCAAUAACUGGCCACAAAGUAUUUGGGUGUACUGAUUGUGGAGACAAAUUCGUCUUUGAAUCCAGCUAUAAUGAUCACAUCAAUCGAAGAUCUGUCCAAAUCAGUUACAUGUGUCGUCAUUGUGGUUUUCCCAAAAUAUUCUACAAUAGAUGCAAUUUACUAUUUCAUAUACGUUCGCAUUCAUUUAAAACAGCUACGAUAAAUGUAACAGACUUGAGAAUCGAUCCGUUACCCCUUUCUUUUUAUAAUAUGGAUCUGAUUAAAACACAAGGGAGUGACAAGCCCGACCAAGUUACACAACCAAACCCACGUAAACAAUGUGUCGUACUAAAUACAUGUUUUGAAUGCAAGAAGAAUAUUUCCAUGGCGAAUUCCGCGUAUAAAGACCGCGCCAAACAUUUUAUGGAAUUUACUAAUGAAACUUACACUUGUCCAAUUUGCCUUUUCACUUUGCCAACUGUUUGUGGCCUUAAAGCACAUCUACGUCUGCAUUUAAAAAGUCCUCCCUUUUACUGUCCAGAAUGCGGUAUUCAUAUCUCAAACAAAAACGUGAACUAUCCUUACAACCAUGACUGCGAGGGAUUUAAAAUGAUAAGAGCGACCGCUAGACUGCAGUGUCCAGUGACCAAAUGUAAUCUUUUUCAUCCAAACGACUUUAAACAACACAUGAAACAAACUCAUUUAAAAAAAGUUUAUAAAUGUCAAUUUUGUGUUGUGGCAUGCUUUAAUGAAGUAACUAUGGCCAAACAUCUAAAGAUCCACAACAUGGAUAAUAAGGCAUUAAUAUUUUAUCAAUGUGAACUGUGUCCAGGUAGACUGGUACUUCAUAAUCUAAUAGAAAGUCAUUUAGGGAAUCACAUUCAGAACAAUGUCUAUCCAUGUUGGACUUGUGGCGCUGUUUGCAAUGACGCAAUUGCUUUAAUUAAUCACUACACAAGGAAACAUAAUGAUAAGGCACCGAAUAUUGCAAAAAUAGUAGCUUCAGUCAUUAAUGAAACUAGAACACAACUAGGAAGUCAUCGAAUAUAUCGCGUAGUAAAAAAAUGUGACCAUUGCCACAGAAGUUUCAUUUACAAAUGUCAAUAUGAUGAAAUACCGAUUCUACCAAAUUUGUGUCCAUAUAAAUGCACUAAAAGCUUAAAGAUGCAAUCGCAAAAUACUGAUUCAGACAAUGAUGGUAAUUUAAUCUGCUACAUGUGCAAAAUGGUUAUAUCUGAAGAUUGGAAGCAAAUUAAAAAACAUUACUCGAUUCAUCACAAUAACAUUAGAUGCUUGGAUCUUAAAAUAGAUCUGCCUCGCAUAGAUUUAGGCAAGUAUUUAAAGAAAAGGAGCUUGAAGCAGACGUCUAAUAAAGAAAAGUCAAACCCCAGGAUUAAAAGAAGCAAACGCCUAGGAAUGAAAAUGACCAAAAAAAGAGUUUUCAAAAGCAGUUAUGGAUGUAACAUGUGUAGUGACAAGUUUGAAAAUAAAAACCUCUUAGAAAAUCACCUAAAACUUCAUAGAGAUACUCUUAUGGCAUACCAAUGUAUGGAAUGUGGACAAAGUUUUGCCAUGAAACCAUCUUUCUCAACACAUUUGUUACUGGAACACAAAAUAAUGAAUGUUGACGAUUAUAUUCAAAACAAAAAGUGCUUUAAUGGAGAUGCAUUAGUAACACAGCAAAUGAACGUCCCCUACGAAGAGCCAUUUUCAGAAAACCAGUGCAAAAUUUGCAAAACUCUGUUUGAAAGUAAAGAAAUUUUGGAGAAACAUCAAUGCUCACAGUCUGGUAGUCUUAGUCAAAGAUAAGAUUAUGUGGAAGACGAAACCAAUUUAGGCAGGCUUAUCGAGAAUCACGAAGCUGGGAAAUCAUAAUAGACCAUUAUCCAAUAAGCCAUCAUUAUCUGUUUACAAAUAGCCAGUAUUUUGAAAAAGAAUCUGGUGUAGGUAUGGUAGGUACUAUUUUGCAUGUUGUAAAGUUUUCUUUAUCACAUCAUAGGGGAUUCAUUAUCCUAAAGUGCUCGCCAAUAGAUUAAAGACAGCCCUGAAUGUAUGUAGAAUCAAUUUAUUUUUAUCUUUGAUUAUUGAAUGUCCAUACAGGAUGUAGUUCGUGAAAUCAUAAAUGGUAGUUACAAGAUGUGAUUGUUAGGAAAUAAUUUCACUGAAACUACAGAAGUUAAUUAAAAACUAUUGUACAUAUAAUAGUCAAGGUGCAAGAAGGGGAAGUGUUCAUAAAUAAAAUAACAUGAAACUAAACUGAAAAUUAGAAUAUCUUGAAAAUGUUUAUAGAUUGCCCCUAUUACGAAGUUCAUGUCAAACUUAUGACUGAAACAGACGUAAUCUAUCUUUGUAAAUAAAAAUACUUAAAUGUUUAUAUGUGUGCGUUCCUAAAUUGUUCAUGAAAACUCAUAAUUGUUAUGGAUACUCCAGUAAGGUUUCUGUCAUAGUACCAUUAACGUACGAAAGGUGCCGAGUAGUUAUGAAAUCUAUCUUUUUAAUACAAUUAGCGAUAGUCACAGCGCUGCAGCGUAGCGUGAUCGGGUGUCGGUAUUUUAAUAUAAUAUGCGUGUUAUCAACUUGCAGACAUUCACUGCUAUAUCCUAUGCUUUCCUUGCUAAGGUUCGCUACUAUGACCGGCCCUGCGCUGUCCGCACCCAGCGCAUACCUGUGACAUCCAACUGAUCGCCAAUCUAUGUUCUGCGAGGCCUAUCUACGGUUCUGGUACGCGAUUGCCAUUCGAGAACUUUUUGGUCAUAAUGACUAUCAGUUCUACGAGAAACGUGCAAACAAUUACCACGGUUUUACCGCCAAUUUUCUUAUUCUUCAUUCGAUCGCGCAGAGUAACUUCAUGGUUGUGCGGUCUGGAAAAAUAAUAACGCCUUCCUGUCUCCGGCUUUGGGCGUCAUAAGAGGCAAAUAUGGGAUCCUUCGGAAAAAGGGCAUUUUUCUCUUUUUGUGCUUUUAACGUGACCAAUAAGUUAGUUCAUAGGUUUAUAACAACAUUUUGGGUUUGGGUACCCUUUACACGCUGUAUUAUUUCAUUAUUUUUCUGUAUCUCCACUAUUAUUGAUGUCUUCGGUGGUAACUUUUAAAAAACGGGAAAGUUGAUUAAAAUCAUCAUACGUACAUAAUCGUUGUUAAAUUAAAUUUUUAUGUAAUUUUACGUUUUCAUUGCAACGUUGUUUUUAAUAGUAAUUGGAUAUUGUCAUAAGUUUUCUAGUUUGAAAUUAUACUUAGUUUCUCAUAAAAAUAUGUGCGUCCAAAAAUAAUGAACAGGAAAAAUGAGCAAAAUUCUUGUAGAUUCGGUUUAAAAUGAAAAUUUUACUAAUCUUAUAUCGUUCUUCUUUACCAUACCCACUGAGUUUUUCGUCGAAUCUUCUCAGUGCGUCGCGAUUCCGAUCUGGCUGUAGACUGCGAAGCACUGUUCUUGCCAGAGCAGAUGAGUUCAUAUGCCAGUUCAUGGAAAUUAGUAUAGCCCAUCGAAGGUCCCGGUAAUUAGGUAGGUAAACAAAAAAUACCACAAGAAUCGCUUCUUUGUUGUGGCCGUCGCGUUGUUAAGUAGAUCAUUCCUUCAUCUGCACCAUGAUUGACAAGGUAGGUACUCAUGUCGUUUCUUGUAUUUGAAAUUUUUGGAUUGCUUCCUGUAACUGUCUUUUUAUGAAAAUAUAGCUGCAAUCAUUUUAGAAAAAUCACAUGUUGCAAAUACUUAUUUCCUUUAAAAUGUGUUGGUACAGGUUUGUGUACGUAAAGAAAUUGCGGGGCUAUCUAUCAAGAAUGUUGUUGUACUACUGUAAUGCCGGCCACUCACAUGCGCGCAAAUAUUGAAGGGCCGUCAAACAUUCAUUCGCAAACUUAGCGGCUGUGCAAAUGGGUUCUGUACUCAAUUUGCAAACCCGUUUGCGCUUCCUCCUACACUUGUUUACGAAUCUCUCACGAAUUUCUCUUCCUUUUUAAUUCGUCAAUAGAACAUUGAAGAGAAAAAGAGUUUUGAAUUCUUUCCCAGGCAUCAUUAACAGCCAUGCUGUUUUUAUGGGAUUUCUUUUGAUGAAGAUACGCUACACAGUAGACGUCACGAUUUAUGAAAAUAGCGAAACGUUCGUUGCCUUCGCAAUCCUGGGCGCAACUGGUCACACAAAUGUGUGGGAGACUACGCGAAGGAUCGCAGUUCGCGCUCAUUGAUGUUUGUUAAAAAACACAGCUUGGAAAACCACGAAUGCAGCGAAAACUUUGCAUUGUCGUCCUGAAUACGCAAACCCGCAAAUGUCGUCCUACACUUGCGGGUUUGCGUAUUUGAGCGAAUGUGAGUGACCGGUAUAAUAAUAAAAGUUAAUUGUAAUAAAUAGUUACCUAUUAAUUUCAUCAUGUACAUUUCAAUGCCUAGCUGUAGUUUUGCGUUUGACAAAGGUAGGUAUAUUUUGUUGAAUUAAAAAAAAUCCUGUAGUCCUUACUUUUGAUCGAAGUUCGUUAAUAUAAAAACAAUGUCAAUUUGGGUCAAAGAGUAAACUGUGUUAUGACUGGUACAUAGUUUAGAGAUGCCUACUGACUAGAACUGAAAAAUAAAAUUGUUAGUGUCGUUUAAUGGACAAUUCUCUGAUGUUUUAUUUACAUUUUACAAAUAUUUUUGUAUACUAACCGCAAUCCAUAAAAAACUAUUAUUCUUUUUAUUAUAUUAAUCAUUUCGCUACGGCAGUGUGUUUUGCCUGAGUGAAACUGCUGGACGGGUCACUGUACCGAUAGAGUAGCGAGUAGGUUUGCUAACGGUUGGGUUUAGUAUUUUAUAACAUGGAAUAAUUCUGACCUAAUAAGAUAUAUUUUAGAAAAACAUCUUCGAUCUGUGUCGUAAAUAUUCCAAUGGCGAUCGAGUUUGACUGGUAAUUGCAGAUUAAUGUACACCUUAUUAAAUAGUCAUGCAAGAAUCGGGAGCAAUUAGGGAGUGCAAGUGCAGAAGGGGUUGUAAUUCAUGUUGCCACAAGAUCGCUAAACAGAGCUACAAUACUUGAAAUCUGUGGUUUCCUGUGUUAUUUUAUAUGUAAUAGCAAAAUGUUUAAAAAACAGUCAUUGCAAAAAGAUCAUUAAAAAUUAACAUAAGAAAAUUUGUUUCAAGGUUUGGUAUCUACAUUUGAAACGUAAUAACUAUCUAACAGGCUAUAAAUCACAGGCAUUGAAUAAUAAAUACAUUGUUAUUAUUUACAUCAAAUAUAUUAAAAUGGUACAUGUGGUCUCAACAAAGAAAACAGCUAACCUUUAAGAUCAUUGUCUAAUUAUAAAAGAAUGUGUUUUCCAAAAAUGAAAAUAUAUUAAGUAAUAAAUCUAUUGUUUUAAUCUAUUUUUAUUGAUUUAAUAUGAGCUAUGUUAUAUGUUGUGCACAUAGCUUAAAUUGUCAACUGAAAAUAUGAGUUGUAACUUAUCAAAGUGAGAAGCUACUGUCAAUUUUUUAUCUUCUGUGUAGAUUGUAAUUAGUAAAACCAGUACAACCCUUUUUUGAGACAUUGAUAAAUUCCAUUACAAAAACAAUGAUUAUUCUUGUAACAUAUAAGCAAAACACCUUCAUAUUCUUAUUGAAUUAUCUUCAUUCUUAUUGUGUGAGCACUAUAAAUUAAGUUACUAUUUUAGACUAUUAUAAUAUUACGAAUUUCCCAAAAAUAGAGGAUGAUAUGCAUAAUUCCCUUUCAAUACUCUUCUACAGGUAGGACAUUUUUUUUCUGUUUUGAGGCAGCGUUCAAGGCAUUUCAGACAAUAUACAUGUCCACAUUUUGUAGAAGCCAAAGGGUUUGUACCAAGUUCUUCACAACAAAUUGGACAGUCACCAAAUUUUAUUGAUGAUUCAAUAAUUGGUUUUCUUAAGGAUGUACUAUGACUCUGAAACAAAAUUAUUUAUUAACAAAUUCAAAAUAACACCAACCAGAUCUUUAUUCUUUGUAUAUCAACUUUUGUUUAAAUCUUACAUUUUGUUUUUUAGUAGAUGUGGAUUCUUUCUUUUUGUUUCCUUUUUUUUCCAAAGUAUGGCUAUUAUCUAUGCUGUAAAUGUUAUUUAUUGAUGUUGUUUCUAAUGAAGAAUCUAUGUUUAUAA